AUGGAGGACUGCCUUCACACCUCCUCUGAAAACCUGUCCAAGCUGGUGAGCUGGGCCCACAGCCAUGGGACCAUCUGCAGCCUCAUCCCCAACCUCAAGCACCUGCUCUCUGAGGGGGCCCAUGGUAACCUGACGGCCAUGUGGGGCUGCAGCGCCGGCCAUGCCUACCACUGGCCCCUGGCCGCCACAUGCCGGGCGGGCUCCCAGGAGCGUGUCUGCUUCCAGGACAGCCGCAGCUUCAACUCGGACAGCCCCAGCAUGCUGGGGGUGCCCUCGGAGGCACAGGCCAGCCCCCUGGAGCGCUACCCGGGCCGGCCGGGGAAGGCCAAGCUGGACUGCACCCGCACUCGCGACUCCUGCGACUUCUCCUACUGCAGCGAGCCCUCGGAGCUGGGUGAGCCGGUGGAGGAGUACGAGGAUGAGGCCACGCUCUUUGACAUGGUCUGCGAGUCCUCUGUGACUGAUGAGGACAGCGACUUCGAGCCUCACCCUCACCGUGCCCCCAGCGGCCCUCGGAAGCGGCCGCCCGCCGUCCUCCCUGCCGCCGCCCAUGCCCAGCCGGCUGACGAGGGGGGCGGCGAGGUGCUCCUCAAGAAGAUCAAGCAGGAGCUGCCCGAGGACUACUACAUCGUGGCCAAUGCCGAGCUGACGGCUGGUGCCGAUGGGCCGGCACUGGCCCUCACCCAGAUGUCCAAGCCCAAGCCACCAGCACAGGCUGGACCCUCCGGCAUGGUUGCCACCAGGACCCUGUCCCUGCCCGCCACCGGCCCGGACCCUGACCCACCGCAUCUCUGCGCCUCCCCACCCGGACCACCCCGGCUCCCUGCUCAGAGGCCACCCCGGGGUGCCCUGGCCUCCCCAGCCCGGGGUACAACUGGUGGCGUCCCCUCGGCCACCCUACAGGUGCCAGCCACCAGCUCCAACACCACAGCUGUGGGGAAGGCCAUCAGCAUCCCGCUGUCGGCCCUGCAGCUGCCCGGGCAGGAGGAGACCCCGGCCACCGAGGAGACCCCGCCGCCCGCCCCGCAGUCGGCCCCAGGCGGCGAAACGGCCGCGUCGCCCUCAGUGAGCGCAGAGCCCGAGGUCAGCUCCAGCCAGCAGCAGCCCCCUGCUGUCCCUGCUGCCACCCCUGAGGCAGCGGCGCCGUCAAUGCCAGAACCAGCAAGGGCAGGGUGGGUCACGUCAAUGAAGAUAGGAGACCAGGAUGAGAGAGCAGCAGAGCUCAGCAGGGAGCAGAACGAGAAGACCAUUCGCAGCACACAGACGGCUCUCCGCAAUUUCCGCGAGUUCCUCAUCUCCAAGUAUCCUUCUGAGACCCGAGAGAUCUACGUCAUCCCCUGCAAAGAGCUUGAUGCCUACCUUGCUUCCUUCUUUGUGGAUGCCAGGCAGAAGGAUGGGUCUGAAUACGAGCCGAACAGCCUGGCCAACUAUCAGUGUGGGCUGGAGCGGUAUCUCAAAGAGCACAGGUAUGGUUACAGUAUUACCAGGGAUAAGGAGUUCAAAAGGUCCCAGGAGGCUCUAAAGCAAAAGCAGAUAGAGCUGAGGUGUAAAGGAAAAGGAAACAAGCCACACAAAUCCAUGAAGCUCACCUUUGCUGAUGAACUUAUCCUGCGCAAAAGAGGCUUGUUGAGCCGGUACAAUCCCGAAGGGCUCCUGAACCUUGUCUGGCUGAACAACACUAAGGCCUUCGGACACUGCACAGGUUUUCAUGGGUCCACCCUCAAGUGGGGAGACAUCCGGCUGCGGGUGACAGAGACGGGGCUGGAGUACCUGGAGUGGAUGGGACCGGACAACGGAGACGUCAACGCCAAGAGCAAGAGAGGCGGGACGGACUCGCGGGUGUACGCCACCCAGCACUCGCCGCAGACCUGCCCCGUGCAAGACUACAAGGAGUAUGCGCAGAGGCGGCCUCCAGCCAUGCGCUACGAGGACGCGCCUUUUUACCUCUCCAUCAAACCCGUCGUCAACUUGGCUGCUCUUCACUGGUACAACUGCCAAGCCCUGGGGAAAAACAAGCUUGCCAAGAUGGUAAAGACGAUGUGCGAGAAGGGCAACAUCCCCGGAAGGAAGACCAACUUCAGCGUCUACCAGAGCUGUAGCACGUUGUCAGAAGCGCAGAGCAACCAGCUUGUGCUGAUCUGCAAUAACUUGAGCCAGCAGGCUGCCCAGUCCAUGGCAAGCCACUCCAAUACUGGCAACUUCAUAGUGUCAGCAUCCUAUGACUCUUCCUCUGACACAGCUUGA